AUGACAUCUGCUAGGCUUCUUCUGUCGGCCAGAGCACUUAACACCUCUAGGCUGCAACAAGUGGCUGCCAUUUUGACUCAAUCUGCUCCUGCUACUUCGGCUGCUGCCGGUAGAAUAAAUUCCACCCGAAAGAAAGUGGGUUACUCCAGAAGAUACGUGUCAUCGGCCAACGGAAUUGGUUCAACUGGUACUAGAUCUACCGUCAUCCAAUUGUUGAACAAUAUCAGUAGCAAAAGAGAGGUUGAACAAUAUUUGAAAUACUUCACUUCGGUGUCGCAACAGCAAUUUGCCGUCAUCAAGGUUGGUGGUGCCAUCAUUAGCGAUAAUUUGCAGGAAUUAGCAUCAUGUUUGGCGUUCCUAUACCAUGUGGGGCUUUAUCCAAUUGUUUUGCAUGGAACAGGGCCCCAGGUCAACGGUAGAUUGGAAGCUGAGGGAAUUGAGCCAGAUUACAUUGACGGUAUCAGAAUCACUGACGAGCAUACCAUGACAGUAGUCAGAAAAUGCUUCCUGGAACAAAACUUGAAGCUCGUCACUGCUCUCGAACAACUGGGGGUCCGCGCAAGACCAAUCACUUCCGGUGUUUUCACGGCUAACUACCUGGAUAAGGAGAAGUAUCAACUGGUCGGCGAUAUUACUGGUGUCACCAAAGAUCCAAUUGAAGCUUCAAUCAAGGCUGGUGCUUUACCAAUUUUGACGUCUCUAGCUGAGACCCCAUCUGGCCAAAUGCUGAAUGUUAACGCUGACGUUGCUGCUGGCGAGUUGGCACGCGUCUUCGAGCCUUUGAAAAUUGUCUAUCUAAAUGAGAAAGGUGGUAUCAUCAAUGGCGAAACCGGUGAAAAGGUUUCAAUGAUCAACUUGGAUGAGGAGUUCGAAGAAUUGAUGCAGCAAAGCUGGGUUAAAUACGGUACCAAACUGAAGAUCAAGGAGAUCAAGGAAUUGUUAGACUAUUUGCCACGUUCGUCUUCCGUGGCGAUCAUCAAUGUGCAAGACUUGCAGAAAGAGUUAUUCACUGAUUCUGGUGCUGGUACUAUGAUCCGCAGAGGUUACAAAUUGAGCAAGAGAACGUCUUUAUCGGAGUUCCCAUCAGCUGAUGUGUUGAGAAACGUUCUGCAAAAGGAUGCCGACAUCGCUUCGGGCAAGCAGACAGUCGCUUCCUAUUUGAGAGACCUUGAAAACACCGACUUUGUUGUUUACUCCGAUGAGCCUCUGGACGCGUUUGCAGUCAUCAAAAAGGACUCUCAGGUUCCAGUUUUGGACAAGUUUGUUUGCAACGAUUCAGCGUGGUUGAAUAACGUUACAGAUAAUGUUUUCAGUGCUAUUCGUCGCGAUAUGUCUACUUUGCAAUGGGUUGUCAAUGAGGAUGAUGCGAACAUCGCUUGGCAUUUUGAUAAGUCUCAAGGCUCCUAUCUGAAGGACGGAAAAGUACUAUUCUGGUAUGGUAUCGAUGACAUCAACACGAUUUCUGAGUUAAUCGACUCCUUUGUUCGCAGGGUUUCAAACCGGGUUGGUUCCAAUACUAGCAAUGUUUUCUCCACCGGCCAUGCAAAAAGAUCUUACUCCACCAGGUCUGCUCCUAAGCCAGAAGGUACGAAUAAGAGCACUGGUCGUGUUGCAUUGAUUGGUGCCAGAGGUUACACUGGUAGAAAUCUAAUUUCAUUGGUUGACAAUCAUCCUUUCUUGGAGAUCGCGCAUGUUUCUUCCCGUGAAUUGAAGGGGCAAAAGCUAGACUACUACAAGAAGUCCAACCUUGUUUACGAAGCCCUGCAGAUAGAUGAUAUCAAGGAAUUGGAAUCCAGAGGAGACGUCGAUUUUUGGGUUAUGGCUUUGCCAAACAACGUCUGUGAACCAUUUGUUCAAGCCAUUGAAAGCGUCGGAGGCAAGUCAAAGAUCGUGGAUCUUUCUGCGGACCACAGAUUUGUUCCAGAGACUGAGUGGGUUUACGGCCUUCCAGAACUUAACAGUAGAGAAAGAAUCGCAGCGGGUAAGAAGAUCGCAAACCCUGGUUGCUACGCCACAGGUUCUCAGCUUGCGCUAGCCCCAUUGGUCGAAUUUAUGACUGGCUUACCAACCGUCUUCGGUGUGUCAGGCUAUUCCGGGGCAGGUACCAAGCCCUCUCCUAAGAACGAUCCAAAGUUCCUAAGCAACAACCUAAUACCAUAUUCCCUGACGAACCACAUCCACGAGCGGGAGAUUUCCACCCGUUUGGGCCACGAAGUCGCCUUCGUUCCCCACGUUGGCCAAUGGUUCCAAGGUAUCUCUCUGACAGUUUCUGUUCCAAUCAAGCAAGGUUCGUUGACCUCCGACGAUCUCAGUGGUCUCUACAAGAAAUUCUACGAGGGCGAGAGACUAGUCCACAUCGCAAAUGACAUUCCACUCGUGAAAGAGAUUAGCGGUACUCAUGGUGUUGUGAUUGGCGGCUUCAAAGUCAACGAAUCUAAGGAUCGCGUUGUGCUGUGCGCUACUAUCGACAACCUGUUGAAAGGUGCUGCUACUCAAUGUCUACAGAAUAUCAACUUGGCUCUCGGAUACGGUGAAUACGACGGUAUCCCGAGCAACAAGAUCAUCGGCUACUGA